AUGCGCAAGGCGAACCGCAACAAGCUGAAGGCAAAGGCGAAGAAGGAAUGGAAUCCGGCCACCUACUUCAUUGUCAUGUUUCUAUUCAUCGGAUCCAUGUCAAUCCAGAUGAUUGCGCUGCGGAAUCAGACAGAGCGAUACAUGCGACAGUCCGCACUGAGAAUUGCCCAGCUUCGAGAAGUGGUCCAGCGCAUACAGAAUGGAGAGGACGUAGAUGUAGAAAAGCUCCUGGGAACCGGAGAUGCUCAGAAAGAGACAGAAUGGGAAGAGGUGCUGCAAGCCAUUGAGCGCGACGAGGCAUCCCGGAACCCCGAGAAGCAACCCAAGCUGAAGCAGACGGAAUCUCAGGCGAAGAUGACGAGCCAACCCGAAAGUAGCGCUCAGCAGGUCCAACCCGAAGCUUCUGUGAAGACGAAGACGGCCAGUUUCGGAAACUUCUUCUGA